CUCCUCGGCCAGGUCACUUCUCUCGGGGUUUUCUUCGCGGGGCGUAACACACGGAUACCUUUACGAGAGGGGGGGUUCGCAGAGCGAGUAGUUCAGGUGUGUGAGGGAAAGAGCCCAAUAUUCUGAAAGAAAUUCCAUUAAUGAAAAUUUGCCCGUAAUUAUAGCUCCGAAUAGCCAAAUUGACCUCCGCGCGGGGAUAAUUGCUCCCGGAGGCAGUUCGGUGGCGAACGGGGAAAGGCCGGGGUUCCCAGAAGAAGAAUUCAGAAGAAUACAGUGAAAUUCGUGGAAUAGAGAGCAGCGCGAGGGGUGAAGGUGGUGUAAAAGCUCCACAUCCGGGGGCUUCAAGAAGAUACCCAGUCCGAAUUAUGCACAGCAGUCUGAUACAAGGGCAGUAGCGGUUGGGCGCAAAGGGGUUGACGAUAAGGCGACUGCCUCAAGGAAUUGCAGUGUGGAGAAAAGUGUGACACAGGCACAAUGCAGAAGGGAAAAGGGAGUUCGCAAGGAUAGCUCGUGCAUUCCGUAGCUUGGUGAAGGGAACACAAGGAAGGGUUGAGCAGCGAAGACCGUUUCGAGAGGUGUCCGGAGUGGGGCCGCGUACAACAAAGUAAGCGUACAUCUCACAAAUUGGUGCAAUUUUUACCCAUCAAAUGGGGUGAGAAGACACAUCAAGUGUCAGAAGGGGAAAGGAAGUGAAAGAAGCCAGAAUACCUGCGGUGCUACAGGUUUUGUGUGCAGGAAUCAAAGGAGCCCGAAAAAGUGCGUAAGGUGGAUGAGGGCAAGUGCUGGAAACAUCGAAGAAGGCCGAAAAUUGUGCAAUACAGGAGUUCAACCAAUGAGCAAAUAAAUCUACACAGAGGAAUCUACCAGGAAAAAGUCAGAAACCAUGGAUGAACGCCUGCUGAACGACCUGCUCGAGUGUUCCGUGUGUCUGGAACGGCUCGAUACGUCCUCGAAGGUGCUUCCCUGCCAGCAUACCUUCUGCCGAAAGUGUUUGGAGGAAAUCGUUGCCAGCCACCAGGAGUUGCGAUGUCCCGAGUGUCGGGUUUUGGUGGAAAUCAAAAUCGACGAGCUGCCGCCGAAUGUGCUGCUGAUGCGGAUACUGGAAGGCAUGAAAACAGCUGAGCUGAAUAAUCAAAACACAAACAUAAACAAAGCUGCCCGAACCGGUGUUGGAGGCAACGGUGGUGGCGGCGGCGGUGGUAACAUCUUCAACCUGCAAUUGCAACUGCAACAACAGAACCAUCCAAGCAUAGCUUUCCAAGGUUCUUCACAGCAGCAGCAACAACUUCAGCAGCACCAUGCGAAAAACAGCAAAAAUGACCAACCCCACCUCCAGCAGCAGCAGCACCACCACCCCCAUCAGCAGAGUAGUCAACAGAAUCAAGGCCAGCAUGGCCGGAUUAUUGCGACCAACGGCCAGGCGCUGGACCUGUCCAAAAUCCCACACGCGAAAGCAUUCUACGACUUUGCCUCCAGUGAAACCAGUGACAUCAGCUUCAAGAAGGGCGACAUCAUCAUCCUCAAGAAAAAGAUCGAUCACAACUGGUGCGUGGGCGAGGUCAACGGCAAGGAGGGCGCGGUCCCGCUGAACCACCUGCAGGUCGUAGUUCCGCUGCCCUACCCGCAGUGCAAAGCGCUGUACGACUUUAGCAUGGGCCCGAACGAGGAGGAGGGCUGUCUGACGUUCAAGAAGGGCGCCCUGAUCCACGUGCUGCGCCGGGUGGACCAGAACUGGGCCGAGGGACGGAUCGCGGACAAGAUCGGGAUCUUUCCGAUUUCGUUCGUGGAGAUGAACAUCCUCGGCAAGCAGAUGAUGGACGCCGCGUUGAAGCACAUCCUGGCCAGUGCCUCCAACAACCGGACCGUUCCGCCGACUCCAUUCGAUCUGAACGCCAGUGAUACGACAAGCUCCAGUGUGACCACGAGUCCAAACUCUUCCACCAGUACGACCAGUUCAAACUCCAGUACGGCACCCAGCAGUCCGACGUCGCACUUCCUGGCAACGGCCGCGGCUGAAGCGGCCGCUUCAGGCGGUGGUCACUCCAACAAAAAAAACCACAAGGAGAAACGGCACUCGUUGACAACCUUUGUGGCGAGUUCCAGUAGUGGAGUGGCCGUCGGAGGAUCGUUGCAUCAACCCAAUCGCCACUCUGCCGAGAUUCUCAACACGCCGGAUGCCGGCACGGAGAGGCAACCGGCGGCAGGAAGCUCUGGAGCUACUUCAAUGGUAGAGCAACCGUGGGCUGCCGCCGCCGCUGCCACCACCAAGGCUAGUCAGCUGUUCCAUCAGCAUCCCCAACUGCCAGCGACCUACAUCGCACUCUACCCGUAUAAGCCCCAAAAGCCGGACGAGCUGGAGCUCAAGAAAGGAUCAAUCUACUACGUAACGGAGCGCUGCCAGGACGGCUGGUUCAAAGGCGCCAACCGCCAGCAGAAAACCGGCGUCUUCCCGGGCAACUACGUCACCGUGUACAAAGGCCGCGAGGGUGGCCACGCCAGCCGUAACAAUCCCCAAGCCCAAGGAUCCCAGGGACCAUCGCCGCCCGGAGCUGCUGGAAGCGGAACCGGCCCCGGUACCCCAAAUCCGUCCAACAACCUAGCCCAAAUCACGCUACCUGCCUUACCGCCGCGGGACACCACGGCUUCCAGCAACCCGGCUCCGGUGUGGACCAAGCAACAGAACCAACAGCAGCAGCAGCAGCAGUCGUCCGGGAACUACAUUGACUCGCUGUUUGGCCGCAAGUCAAAUGGGACUUCAGCGGAGAAGAAUGGUGCAGGGGCUGCUUCGGCAGCUUCCAACGGAGCAGAACAUGCAGCGCAACCGAUCAAGGAGAAGAAGGACUCGUCGGCGGUCAGUUUGAUGAAGCGCUUGACCAACAUCAAGCGGUCCAAGUCUCCGACGACGAGCGGUGGAACCGCCAAUCCGGCGUAUUCCAUGGACAAUCCAGUGUUUGAGGACAGUGCGGCGUCCGCUUUGGCCAAGCCAAAUCUGCAGCAGAUCAUCAAUCCGGUUCAUGUCAGAUCCGGAUCUUGUCCCAGUCAACUGCUGCAGAAUCUUCCAGCGGACCUGCUAGCCGCCCAGGGUCGUGAAAAUGUUCCUUACAUGUACGGAUCCCAGCGGGUAAAACCCCACAAGGAGCGACCUUCGAUGCAUGGCAUCAAAAGCGAAUCGUCCAGCAAGAGCUCCUCGAAACAUGCGGCACUCCAGCAGCAGCAGCAGCAACUGCACCAACAAUCGCACGAGGCACCGGCCUCGACGUCCCACGGCGCCCAGAAGCAAUCUCACCACGUGUAUCAUCGGAAAUCUCAGAGUCUGGACGCGAGCGCCAUCCUGACGCAGAUGAACGGCGGCGCUGGAACGCCUUCGAAGUCGUCGUCCAAGUCGCACGUGGUGCGGGAAAGAUUCAAGUGCAUCGUCCCGUACCCACCCAACAGCGAGUACGAGCUGGAGCUGCGCGUCGGCGACGUGGUGCUGGUGCACAAGAAGCGCGAAAACGGCUGGUACAAGGGCACCCACCAGCGAUCCGGCAAGACGGGCCUCUUUCCGGCUUCGUUUGUCGAGCCGGACAUUUGAUGCCGAAACAACACCAACAAGAAUUAAAAUUCGAGAUCUGUGUAAAAAAAAACUCGUAAG